ACCAUCCAGUGCCGUCGCAUUGCGUGAUAUAUCCAUCUAGCCUGGUCAACUCCGACGUUCGGCCGAAAUACUCAUGCGGCCGACGGCGGGCAAUAGACGGAUUGGGAGACACUCAGCACUCCAGCAGCCUCGACCACGACCAUGGCCUUCUCGACACGCUUCUCGCUCGACAGUCCCACCGAUCUCACAUCGCCCAGCUCGCAGACAUCUGCCUAUCCCUUUCCCACCUCCACCCAGCAUGGUAGGCCUUCAUCGAGCAGGCGCAUGUCGCGCAGGGGAAGCACGGCCAGUCAGAUGUCGGUAGGCUCAAUAGGCGGUAGCUUGGACAUUCAGACGCGCCGACGGAGCACAGUGCGGGAAACGAGCCAGAAUGCCAUAUCGACUCUACUACAGCCACCGAUUGUGCGUACCGGUCUGCUGCCACAUACACACGCCUCAGCCGCCGCCGCAGGCUUCAAGCCGCCUACCACCAAGGACAUUCCGCCGGUGACCCUCACAAAUGUGCCUCAUGUGCCUCCUGAUCAUUUCCGUGAUUACCUCAAUCGCAUUGGCCCGCUGUUCGAGAGCUUUCAGAGGGGGAGCGCGGAGUCGGAGCAGCAUGCCUGGUUGAAGAAAGACAAGGAAUUGGAGAAGGCGGAGGCAUUGGAGAGAAGGCUGAGCAGGGACAACUCGGCUCCUACCACACCCGUAUCACCCAAUGCAUUACGACAUGCGCCCAUAUCACCCCUGCAACGACCGAGCGAGCCCACACGAAGAUCUUCCGCCCAUUUUCGGCGCAAUCGCAACGAGCCUACGCCCUUAUCCACCAUACCUAAUGUUUACUUCGAUGAGGACUUCCACCUGGAGAAUCCACGCACGUUCGAUGUCGUGUCUGAGCGAUCUGAGAUUGUGCGUCCUCCGCCGGGAUCACAGCAAGCAGAGCAGAAGUCGUCCAAUGGCGCACCACAGCCUCCCCGAAAAGCACUGGCUACCAAUGCCAUUCUGCAAGAGAAGCUGAGUUGGUACAUGGACACGGUGGAAGUUCAUUUGAUCAACAGUAUCAGCACUGCGAGUAGUGGCUUUUUCGCUGCUCUAGGUUCGCUGAAGGAGCUGCAAACCGAAGCCGAAGAGAGUGUUGCCAAGAUUCAGAGCUUGCGAGACGAUUUGAGAAGGCUUGACAAAGAGGUUGCAGUCUCGGGACUGGAAGUUGCUGCGAAGCGAAGACGACGUGAGAACGUGCGGAAGCUUCGGUCUGCCACAGCGCAAGUUCAGAGUGUAGUGGAGAACAUUGUCAAAGCAGACGAGCUCGUUGAUGCAGGUGCAUACUCAGAGGCAGCAGAUCAAAUGGAUCGUGUUGGUAGACUGGUCUGUGGAAAUCAGGAGCCAGGACAAGACAAUAGAGAACUGAUAGAUCUGAGGCCCUUGAGAGCACUGCAAGGACUGGAUUCUGGACUGCAAGAGCUUCAAUUGCGAAUAGGCACUGGAUAUGCUCAGAGCUUUGCAUCGAUACUCAUGAAAGACUUACGAGAGCAUGUGGCACGAGUACCUUCGGAUCAAACGCUUAAACGAUGGUCACGGCAAAGAGGCAUACCGCCUACAUAUAUGGAAACAGACGACAGCUUCAGGAAAGAUUUAUUGUCUGCCUUGAAUGGUUUGGCGCGAGCAGGUCACACAGCGCCGGCAGCUGCAGCAUAUCGUGAGGCUGUAAAUAAGGAGGUGAAGUCCAUCAUAAGACGGUCUCUGCCUAGUAGUAGUGACGACGAUGCAGACAGUAUGGUAUCGACUUCAACGCGAGGUGGAAGCAGACCCUCCCAGCAGGAAAAGAGCGUGAUCCUCUCCCGCAACCUUCGAGCCUUGGAUGCUGAAGGUGCCGAGAAGCUGUUCGUUUCUGUAUACACCUCGAUCAGCGAAGCGCUACGAAGAGUAUCGACUCAGACUAAGAUCAUCCUGGAUGUAACAAGCCAGAUGCAGGCACCGGAGAGCAAAGCACCUCAAAGAUCACCCAGCGAACAAGGACCGAACGAACACUUCGCAGCCGGCAUGAAGUCAGACUCAAUGAACGCUGUCCGUGAAGAGAUUACCCAAGCUCUCGACAUGUCCAGUCUUCUUGGGCAAGCAGUCGAUACAGCUCAAACACAGAUCGGCCGAGUGUUGAAGGUUCGCAAUGAGCAAGCCAUCAGACUGCCCCUUCACCUCUUCCUGCGGUAUUUCACCCUGAAUCGCUUGUUUGCAGAUGAGUGCGAAGCAGUCAGUGGUCACGGGGGCAACGUCCUCAAAGGCAUCAUCAAUGCUCAACUAUCAGGUUUUGUACAAGUCUUGGGCACUGCCGAGGCAGAAAGGACUGCUUCACUGCUAGAGAAUGACAGCUGGAAUGCGGAAGACUUCUCAGAAAAGGACAAUAUUGUGCUUCAGCGCAUACUAGCAAGCAUGAGCUCUGAUUCUCCUGAAUGGGCAAAGAUCACGACGCAGAUUUGGGAGGAGCCUGGCCCUCCGCCCAAUGCGAAUGGCGAUGCUUCACCUGAGCAAUCUAACGGCACGAACGAUAAACCAACGAACAACGGCACGACACCAGCGACUGGCGGCAAAGCUGCUGUAAAGCCUGCUUACAUUGACGAAUCCCGAUACGUCCUUGUCUCGAGUGCUGCUUCCUUAUUGAGCAUCAUUGACACUUUCCUCUCCCUCACGUCUUGGCUUCCGAGCAUGACAUCUCAGAUCUCAACCUCCCUUUUGGAAGUCCUCCGCGCCUUCAAUUCCCGCACGAAUCAGAUGAUCCUCGGUGCAGGCGCCACUCGCGUCGGCGGCCUUAAGAACAUCACAACAAAGCACUUAGCAUUGGCCUCACAAGCCCUCGGCUUCGUCAUCGCCCUGAUUCCAUACAUGCGAGAAUGCAUCAGAAGACACAUCCCAGCAGGCCAAGGCGGUAUCCUAGCGGAAUUCGACAAAACCAAGCGCCUCUACCAAGACCACCAAUCCGGCGUCCACGAUAAACUCGUCGAUAUCAUGACAUCGCGCUCCGCCUUCCACAUCAAAACCAUGCGCAAUGUUGACUUCGACAAACCCGGUACAGACGAUAAGCCGAACGCAUACAUGGAACAAUUCACCAAAGAAACUCUCGUUCUCUACCGCACCCUCUCCCGACACCUAUCAGAAGUCGAUGUCGGGAUGAUCAUGAGACAGAUCUUCGCUACGGUUCGAGAACAAUGGACGCAAGCUUACGAUGACCUUGACGUGAAGACUCGAGCUGGGGAGAAUAGAUUACUUCGUGAUGUCGAACUUCUUGAAGCGAAGUUGGGGAAACUCGAGGGAUUUGAACCUGUUGGGAGGGAGAUUUCUGGUGUGGUCAAGGCUAAGGUUAGUUUGGAGGAUGAGUCUCCUAAGAAGGCUGAAGAAGAGGAGAAGAAGACUCCUGAGCCUACUUCGGAGGCUUUCUUUGAUCAGGAUGAGGAGAAGGCGGAUGGUGGUCGGCAAGAUGAGGGCGAGAAGAAGGGAGAUGAUGGCAAAACGUAGGAGUAGGUACUGUAGAUGGCAUAGAUAUUACUUGCUAAAGAAAGCAUGUUUAAGGCUGU